AAAGGAAAUUCUUUAAUUAGUGGAAUAAAAGUUCUUUUUUUACCUGCUGUCAGGAAGCACACAGGUUCAGUGAUGUAAAAAUGUAAAAAGUGAAUGUGCAGUGAAAGAAAAAUCAAUAUCGAUUGCAUUAAUGUCAUUGGAAUCUAUCGAUGUCAUUUGAAUGUGUGAAUUUGUAAACAUUCUGUGAAUUUUGUGCAUAAACCGGCAUUGAGGAAGUGCUUUAAAGUGGAAUUUAUAUGAAAUAUUAUCACAUUUUCCGAUCGUGAAAAGGGAAAGAUAAAAAUAGAAAAAAAUGUAUGGAUUUGUGAAUUACGCUUUGGAGUUGCUGGUGCUGAAAAACUUUGGAACAGAGAUAUGGGAGACGAUAAAACGAAAAGCCGAAGUAAAUAUGGACGGACAAUUCUUAGUAAGACAAAUUUACGAUGAUGAGAUCACGUACAACCUUGUUGGCGCUGCCGUGGAAGUUUUAAACAUCCCAGCUGACUCCAUUCUUGAACUUUUUGGUUUAACAUUUUUCGAUUACUGCCAGGACUCAGGAUAUGAUAAGAUUCUUCAAGUAUUAGGUGCCACACCAAGAGACUUUUUGCAGAAUUUAGAUGCCUUGCAUGAUCAUUUAGGCUUAUUAUAUCCCGGAAUGAGAGCGCCAUCGUUUCGAUGUACAGAAGAAUGUGAUGGCUCACUGAUUUUACAUUAUUAUUCUGAUCGUAGCGGUCUAGAAUACAUAGUCAUUGGAAUUGUAAAGGCUGUCGCAUCAAAGCUUCAUGGCGUUGAAGUUGAUAUAAAAAUAAUUAAACGCAAAGGGGAUCCAAUUAUGCCAACUUCUGAUGCUGAAAAUAACUUUUCGCCUGAGGAUGUAAACAGCAAUGACAAUAUGAUACUAUGCAAUGCUACAAAUAAAUAUGAUAUUACUAUCAAUAACAACAAUAAUAAUAAAAACAUUGAAAUUCAAGUGCCGGAUAACCGAUGCGAAAAAAAAUACUUCAGCAACGAUCUCGACUCAGACACACUAACAGGAGACUCAGAAAAUGCUCAACAUAAUCACAUCCAAUUCUUAAUCACCGAAGUUGGUCCAAAAAUACCAAAAUCCCCGAAAUCUCCAAAAACCACAAAUGAUACAUACAAUGUUAAUGUUGACACAACAAAAUACUCAGAUGAUAACGAGAAAGAGAUACUCGAUGAUUUUCAAUUGGUAUCUGAAGAGAAUUUGAUAUCGCCACAAAUAUUCUGUCAAGUAUUUCCAUUCCAUCUCAUGUUUAAUCGACAAAUGAACAUUGUGCAGGCAGGGAAAUCUGUGUUACGUGUCAUACCAAAAAUAGCCGAAGAGAAUUGCAAUCUCCUUGAUAUUCUCGAGCCAAUCCGGCCACAUAUACAGCUUUCAUUUAGAACAAUAUUAUCUCAUAUUACGACAAUUUAUGUCCUUAAAACGAAGCCUGGCAUGAUGCUUGAGAAGGAUAUGUUUAUGAGGUUGAAGGGACAAAUGAUGUACAUUCAAGAGUCAGACUUGAUAAUGUUUCAGUGCUAUCCGAGUGUGUUGAAUCUUGAUGACUUGACUAAAAAAGGACUUUGCAUCUCUGAUGUCCCACUUCAUGAUGCUACACGCGAUUUGGUUUUGCUGUCUGAACAAUUUGAAGCGGAAUAUAAAUUAACACGGAAUUUAGAGAUUUUAACAGACAAGUUGCAGCAAACGUAUCGAGAAUUAGAGUGUGAGAAAAAGAUGACAGAUGUAUUGUUGUACUCAGUAUUACCAAAAACAGUUGCAAAUGAACUUCGACAUCAACGACCUGUUGCACCAAAACGCUAUGGAAUUGUUACAGUACUUUUUUCAGGAAUUGUUGGAUUUAGUCAAUAUUGUGCGGCAAAUACAAGUACUGAAGGUGCGAUGAAAAUUGUCAAAAUGCUCAACGAACUUUACACAACAUUUGACUCGUUGACAGACUCCAAUUCUAAUAUUUACAAGGUAGAAACUGUGGGUGAUAAAUACAUGGCAGUUUCCGGAUUACCAGACGAAUGCGAAAAUCAUGCUGUUUCGAUUGCACGUUUAGCACUCGACAUGAUUGAUAAGGCUGACAGCGUUAAAAUGGGAAAUCAACCGAUUCAAGUCACGAUCGGAAUUCAUUCAGGUGAGGUUGUGACAGGAGUAAUUGGACAUCGAAUGCCAAGAUACUGUUUAUUUGGCAACACAGUAAAUAUAACAAGUCGAACGGAGACCACUGGAAUACAGGGCAAGAUUAAUGUCAGUGAAGUGACCUACAAAUUAUUGCUCGACGAAGUGAACCAUGAUGCUUCAAUGAAUCUUGAAUAUCGUGGAUCAGUAACGAUGAAAGGUAAACCAGAGCCAAUGGAGUGUUGGAUUCUAUCACGAAAAUCACCAUCAAAUGUUAACAUAAAGGCUCAGACAACAACAGUUGCAGCAGUCAAGUCAACGCGUCAACAUUCAUCAGCUUUAUAGUCCAAAACAAAAUAUCUGAUUCAUUAUUUUGAGAAUUUCAGUAGAAUGAGUGAAGAGGAGAAGACAACUCAUCUAGGAAAUGGAAAUUGUUAAAGUAAUGAAUCAGGUAUUUUGGAAAUUAAUGAAAUAUUUUUGUUUUUUGUGCUAUUAUGUUUAUAGGAUUAUGAGCUGAUGAAAAUUGCGU